CUCGAGACUCGAGAGUCGAGAUUUUAUUGAUUAACGUGAGCACACAUAAAACCAGUAGAUGAAAUAAAAUAAAAUUAUAAAUGGGAAGCAAAACUCCCUUCGGGUGAGAUAGAUUAAAUAAAAAUGGGAAUCGAAGUCGGGGAGUCCUCCGGUGCCGGAAGUCCCGAGACGAGCAGUGGUAGAGAAGAUGCCGGUCCAGCUACCACCCCAACCAGUACUUCCAACUCCGUACGCCGGCGGUUCUCGCUGGCGGCUCAGCCGGAGAUAAUGAGAGCGGCGCAGAAGGAUGACCAGUAUGCUUCUUUCGUCUACGAGGCCUGUCGUGACGCCUUUCGCCACUUAUUCGGUACAAGGGCAGCUAUAUCGUAUCAGAAUGAGACAAAGCUUUUGGGGCAGAUGCUUUAUUAUGUUUUAACAACAGGGGCAGGGCAACAAACAUUGGGAGAGGAAUAUUGUGAUGUCACACAGGUUGCAGGAUUACAUGGGCUUCCUCCAACACCAGCAAGACGUGCCCUUUUCAUUGUCUAUCAGAGUGCAGUUCCCUACAUUGCUGAAAGAGUCAGCUCUAGAAUUGCUUCACGUAGCAUUGCCUUGACUGAGUCAGAAUCACUGUCUGAUGAUAUCCAUGGGGAUGCUUCUAGAAGCAUCCAUGGUCAACCAUCUGCAAGUCAACUCUCUUCUUCUCCUUCACCAAUAGUUUCAAUUUCACCUCUCUCAAGAUUCAAACACAAAAUUACUGGCCUUUGGUUGCACACAGUUCAGAGAUGGCCUGUAGUGCUUCCAUUAGCCCGUGAAUUUUUGCAGCUGCUUCUUCGUGCUAACCUUAUGUUCUUCUAUUUUGAAGGUUUAUAUUAUCAUAUAUCAAAGCGUGCAGCAGGCAUUCGAUAUGUUUUUAUUGGGAAGCCCAUGAAUCAAAGACCCAGAUAUCAAAUAUUGGGCAUGUUUCUAUUGGUUCAGUUGUGUAUUAUUGCUGCUGAAGGAUUGAGGCGUAGCAACUUAACAUCCAUCACAUCUUCUGUUCAGCAGACAUCUUUAAGCCUUCAUCAAGCAUCUGCAGGGAGAGGUUUACCUGUUUUAAAUGAAGAAGGAAAUUUGAUCACUGGGGACACUGAGAAAGUAUCGGACUCCUUGACAACCUCUGAGACUGGAUCAAGUGUGAUUAGCAAAUGUACACUUUGCCUUAGUAAUCGCCAAAAUCCAACUGCAACUCCUUGUGGACAUGUCUUUUGCUGGAAUUGCAUAAUGGAAUGGUGUAAUGAAAAGCCGGAAUGCCCUUUAUGUCGUUCUCCUCUAACUCAUUCAACCUUAGUUUGUUUGUACCAUUCAGAUUUUUAGCUUACACAGAAAAAAAAAAUGAAAAAUUACCAUCAAGGUAAAAUCAACAACCAUAAUAAUAAUAAUAAUAGUAAUAAUCAAUCCCAUAUUUCUCAUUGCAUCUUGUAAAAUGUAAAUCUCCAUUUUUUUUCCUUCAAAUUAUUCAUGGUAUGUUGUAAGCAUACAAUGUCAUUUCUAGAACAUGUAGUGGUGGUAGGGAAUGUGUAGUGCGUUGGUGGGAAGAACGAUACUCAAUUUGAAUACAAUCAUAAAUAGUAGUUAUAUAUGAACAAAACAUAACAAAAAACAACGUUAAACUGUUUGCAAGGUAUGGUAUAUAUUACUAUGUUAUGUAUCAACUGUGUAGGAUGGUUAUUGUGUUUUCUUUAUGUCUAAUUUGUAGACUUGAGAAAGUCG